GAGGCCCCGUAUCCUUUAAAUAAAGCAACCAAGCUUGAACUGCUUCUACCUCUCUGUUCUCGCUCACAGGCACACCCACUGUUCCUUCUCAAACUGCAAAUUUGCAGCUUUGGUCAUUCUUUUCUUUUCUCUUUGUGUUGUUUUGUUAUAAAUCAAUCGAUAUCAGUGAAUCAUGUCGGGUUAUUAUUAUUAUUACUCUGGCUGCCAAAAUCAGUACGAUGCCCACUACCUCGAUGCCUGCUCUCUUUGCCGCAAAUCGCUUCACAAUUCCGAUAUUUUCAUGUACAGAGGGAAUACACCGUUUUGCAGCAAAGAGUGUAGAGGAGAACAGAUUGAGAUCGAUGAAGCGAGGGAGAGGAACUGGAAAUCCGGUAGAUCUCUAAGGAAAUCGGAUGCUCAGAACUCUUCCGAUAACAAAACUGUACGGGCCGACACGGUUGCUGUGGCCUAAUCCAGUAACGAUGUAUCAAUUUUGAGUAAACAUAACAAAGCAAAGAAGAAAUUUGUAUUUUGUUUUCUUUUU